UGGCAUCAGACGCAACCACAGCUGCAAGCUGGUGUUGAUGCAAAUAAAGAAAACGAAAGACGUCCAUUCCAUUUAAUUUAACUGUAAUUUCUUUCUAUUGUGAGCAAGAUAAGCUGCGUUAGGCAUGCGAGCUGCUAAUUCAUGGCUUAACCUUUUACACAGUGGUAACUUCUUGAGAUGAAAAGCUAUGUUAGCACUCCCACACACUCAAAAGUAAGGGGACCUAAUCUAUCGACGAAUACGAUGGCCCUACUGACUAUGGGAACCAAUGACACAAGGGUGGUUAUGGUUUUGAUUGUGUUGGUCUGUAAAAACGUCAUAAUAUAGUAACUCUGUUUCUUUCUAAUUCUUUACUUGAGGCUGUCGUCCCCGAAAAAAGUUGGAUUUUUUUUAAAGAGAACACAUGAGGAAGGCUUCGUUAGAGAUUCCGGAGUUUUGCCGAAUUUUUGAACACGAAAGAGUGAAGGUUCAACGGCCAGAUGUACUUGACCAUUUGAAAUCGUAUUCCUCGCCUGAUUUCAGCUCGACAGGUAAGUAAACUGACGGCCUGACAAGUUCAUUCAAAUGCUAAUAGGACAAUAGUAUAUUAGAAUUGAAUAUGCAUUUUUAUUGUUGGUGCCGCACAGUAGUGUUGGGUCUGAGAUAUAUCUGGCCUUAAAAAUAAGGGGUUUUGUAUCAAGGUUAUCGCGAGCAGCAACAAAAUGUGGCUCGCAGGUUACACUUUGCCAAUGUGGGAGUUAAUGAAUUAACAUCCUACCUUGCCUUAUAAGGUAUCGUCAUGACACAUUCGACGCUGUCAAUUACGAAUUCAAUGGUUGUCAAGUGUUAAUGUGUGUUGGUGUAUUCACAUGACAAGUGGUAGAUUGUAUUCAUAAUCUCUGUUCAAUUAUGAUUAUAAUAUUUCUGUUUUACAUGUAUUUUUUUACUGUACUUAAUAAAGAGUGGUACAUAAAUACAGCCAUUCCCAAACCAAUAAGAUCGUUAAAAAAAAAUAUGUUGGUAUGUAGGAUUGUAUUCAGCGAUGCCACGUGAUCUUCUGUUUGUGGUGGGUGAGGAAAUCAUUGAAAGUCCAAUAGCAUGGAGAUGUUGUUUCUUUGAGUAUCGUGCAUACUGCCGUUUGAUGAAAGAAUAUUUCAGAGAGGGCGCCAAGUGGACAACAGCCCCUAAACCACAAAUGAGCGAUGAGCUUUUGGGUUAUAUUGGAUCCCAUGAGAGACUAGAAUUACCAGCUAGAGGUCAAUUUGUGACGACAGAAUUUGAACCUUGCUUCGACGCUGCUGAUUUUGAACGUGCUGGAAAGGACAUUUUUUGCCAGUUAAGUAACACAACAAACCGAAUGGGUGUUGAGUGGCUUCGACGUCAAAUUGGUGAUGACUAUACAAUCCACAUUGUACAAUGUGUGGACGAUGCUCCGAUGCAUAUAGAUGCGUCCCUGUGCUUAUUGAGACCUGGUCUGGUUUUAGUCAACCCAGAAAAACCUUGCUAUCAGAUAGAGCUGUUCUCAAAGGCUGGGUGGGAUGUUGUUGAGGCACCUCAUCCAGUAACACCAAGCGAUCACCCGAUGUGGUUUUCUUCAACAUGGCUGUCAAUGAAUGUUCUGAUGUUGGACCAUAACCGGGUGGUAGUAGAUGCAAACGAGAUUCCUACUCAAAGACUUUUCGAGAACCUUGGUAUGGAAUGCAUCAAAGUUGAUUUGCGUUUUGCUGGUUCUCUAGGAGGUGGCAGUCAUUGCUGGACUUGUGACGUCAGACGAAACGGUUCUUUAGAAUCAUAUUUCUAA